CCACACCUCCGUCUUCCCUCAACACCCACCCAACCAGACCCUCACCUUGGCUGAGCACGAGCACGGGCGCCUCCUCCCCAUGGCGCCGCCGCAGCGCUGGCCGCCGGAGCUGAACGAAGACAUCACCGUGGAGAUUCUCCUCCGCAUCCCGCCGGACGAGCCCGCGCAUCUCAUCCGCGCCUCCGUCGUCUGCAAGCUCUGGCUCCACGUCGUUUCCGACCCCGCGUUCCUCAGCCGCUACAGCGCUUUCCACCGAGGUGCCCCGCUGCUCGGCUUCUUUUACAAUCUCGAUUCCGCAUGGUUCUUCCCUGGCUUCGUCCCCACCACGGCAGCCUCGCCGCCGCCCCAGCCGGGGCACAGCGACUGGGUUAGAUGGGUCCCUGACUGCCGCCACGGCCGCGUCCUCCUCAAAGGGAUUGGCAGCCUCUGCAAAUGCAUCCUCAUGAGAGGGAUUGGCAGCAGGACCUUUCUCGUGUGGGAUCCAUUCUCCAAUCACUGGGAGGAGGUGGAGGCGCCCAGCUCCUUGUCCACCACAUUCCAAUCCAACGCAGUGGUGCUUUGCGCCUUGCCUGGCUGCGAUCACAGCAGCUGCCGCGGUGGUCCGUUCCAUGUGGUCUUUGUGGGCGCCGACAAAUUCGACUACACCAUUGUCCAUGCACAUGUUUAUUCAUCGGAGUCUCGUUCCUGGUGCACAACAGCUUCUGCACAAUUAGACGGUACACGAAACUUCUUCGACAAGAAGCGUGCUGUUCUUAUCAGAGAUGGAAUCUACUGCACUGUGAAUGAUGGUGCUAGAAUUCUGAAGUAUGAUUUGGUCGAGCACCAUUUGUCUUUAAUCGGCAUGCCUUACCUGUACAAAAAUGUUCCAGUCCUUAUGCAGAAUGAGGAUGGUUCGUUGGGGAUUGCUGGUGUGUUGGAUUCAAGACUUUACCUUUGGUCGACAGUGGUGAAUUUAGAGGGAGUUACAGGAUGGGUACAACGGAGGGUCAUCGAACUUAAGGAAAUAUUGCCUGUGGAUGUUAUUUCUGACCAAGCUAAUUUGAUUGGUUUUGCUGAGGGUGUCGAGGUUUUCUUCAUAAGCACAAAUGUUGGUGCCUUCACAUUUGAGCUGAAGUCUCGCAGGGUGACAAAGGUAGGCAAACCUAGGGAUUACCAUUGUGCCACCCCCUUCAUUAGCUUCUUCCGUCCAGAUCGUGCUUGCAGCAAAUGGACAAAGUCAUCACUAGCUCACCCAAAUUAAGAAUGGCAGUAUCUGACUCCACCGAUGCUUUAAAAUGCUUUGUAUUCCUUUGGGUGGUUUGGUUUAUGGAAGUGUAAGCCACCAUGCAUAUUAUGUUAUCGAACUCAUGUACCUGCAUGCUUUGUAUUUGGCUAAGAAUUAUGAUCAUGACUGAAGAUAUUCCAGGUGCACACUUAAUCUGAC